AUGACAAGGCAACGGGACGAUAGGAGCAGGGAUGAUAGGAGCAGGGAUGAUAGGAGCAGGGAUGAUAGGAGCAGGGAUGAUAGGAGCAGGGAUGAUAGAAGCAGGGAUGAUAGGAGCGGGGAUGAUAGGAGCGGGGAUGAUAGGAGCAGGGAUGAUAGGAGCAGGGAUGAUAGAAGCAGGGAUGAUAGGAGCGGGGAUGAUAGGAGCGGGGAUGAUAGGAGCAGGGAUGAUAGGAGCAGGGAUGAUAGGAGCAGGGAUGAUAGGAGCAGGGAUGAUAGAAGCAGGGAUGAUAGGAACAGGGAUGAUAGGAGCAGGGAUGAUAGAAGCAGGGAUGAUAGGAACAGGGAUGAUAGGAGCAGGGAUGAUAGGAGCGGGGAUGAUAGGAGCAGGGAUGAUAGGAGCGGGGAUGAUAGGAGCAGGGAUGAUAGGAGCAGGGAUGAUAGAAGCAGGGAUGAUAGGAACAGGGAUGAUAGGAGCAGGGAUGAUAGGAGCAGGGAUGAUAGGAGCAGGGAUGAUAGGAGCAGGGAUGAUAGGAGCAGGGAUGAUAGGAGCAGGGAUGAUAGGAGCAGGGAUGAUAGAAGCAGGGAUGAUAGGAACAGGGAUGAUAGGAACAGGGAUGAUAGGAGCAGGGAUGAUAGGAGCGGGGACGAUAGGAGCAGGGAGGGACGCAGGCUUCGUCUGAGCUGA